AUGGAGGACAUUGCUGAAAUUCGUGAACUUAUAGCUAUAGUAAGUACGGAUAGAAGAGAAAUGUUGCUGUUCAUCGUUGAAUACAUGCACACCAUGUUAUUGCUGGAGAAUGCACUGGUUGCUGUAAACCACACAGUGAAAACAAUGAGGCAGGAUGAGGAACUGGAGGUGCCACAAACACCUGAAGCUUGGCAGGAGGUUGCACAGAGUUUUGAGGAAUGGUGGAACUUCCCUCGCAUAAUUGGAGCUAUAGAUGGCAAACACAUUAGGCUCCGUAACACUCCCCAAGGCGGUAGGCAUUACUUCAACUACAAGAAGUUCUACUCCAUGGUAUUACUUGCAAUUGCCGAUGCUUCAUACAAGUUCCUAUACGUCAACAUGGGUGCCAUUGGGUCAGAGUCAGAUGGUGGUGUAUUUGCCCAGACCUGA